AUGGAGCAGUCCCUGCAGCACAUCCGCUCCAGUGGCACCUUUCCGGUCAGUCCCUCCACUCGCCGUCUAUGCCACCGCAGCGAGCACGGCUGUAGCGUUGAUUGCCUCGGGGCCAAAUACCCUCCUGCGUCAUCCUCCACGCCUCUCGCUCGCACUGAAGGGCCCGCUCUUACCCAAGCUUCAUCUGCGCAGCCUACACUCGAGUCCAAGGAGGACCAGAACUCUGUUGGCCAGCGUCCUGUUUCCGACGCAAAGAUCGCCGCCGCCAAGGCGAGGGUGCACCGGUGGCUCCAGCCUGGGCAGCCAGGGCACGAUAUCUUGAUCAGCAACGAGGCUCCCACGAAAAUAUGCCUACUGGACGGGUUCCUGCUCUACAGCCGCGAUUUGGCAGGGGUCAUGGACCUCAUCGACAUCAAGCUCUUCCUACUCGUGAGCCACGCCAAGGCAACGCAACGGCGAGAAGCUCGCGACGGCUACGUAACUCUCGAGGGCUUCUGGAAGGAUCCACCCGGAUAUGUCGACAGGAUCGUCUGGCCAAAUUACGCCAAAGCGCACGCAUGGCUAUUCAAAGAUGGAGACGUCGAGGGCGAGUUGGACGAGCGUGUGCUGGUUUCGAAGGGGAUCAAAGCACAGAUGGGCAGAGGUUUGGACAUUGAUAUGGAAACGACGCUCGACUGGGCGGUUGAGACGAUCAUUCUUGAGUUAGAGAGGCGGCUUCGUUAG